AUGGAAGCGGUCAAGUCCUUCAAGGAUCGACUUGAAAAGAGCAACGGAGAACUUGACCGAAUCAACGCUCAGUAUGAGGAGUUCAUACCUGCAGCCGAAGCCGAAGCGGAGUUCCUUGCAAUCGCCGAAUAUGAAGAUCAGGCUAUCGGAAUGAUAUCGACAUUGCAAGCGCACUACAGCCGACUGCAAGCACAAAGCGAAAGCAGCAGACAGCGACUUUUAGGACAGGACGCGACAGCAACGGACGUCACAAGCCAGAGAUCAGAACUUAGGUUUAAAGGUCCCAAGCUGCCCGUACUUAAAAUAACCCCCUUUGACGGGGACUACGGGCAAUGGACAUUGUUCUGGGAACAGUUCAAGGGUACCAUUCACGAUAACGCAGGAUUACGGAACCUCUACGACCACGUCGAUGUUCAUAUGAGAAGCUUGGAAACAGCCGGUGUGCAGCCUGCUUCUUAUGCAGCUAUGCUAGAAGAAAUCCUUACCCAGUCUCUACCUCGUCAACUGGCUGUGGAGUACAAACGUCAGGCACUUCAGUCAAGCCUCUCAUCCACAGCCACUGUGGCUGGCACUGAGGAAAGUUCUUCAGCUGAAGCCAGUGUGGCCCAAGCAGAUCUGAAAAGGCUCUUAAAUUUCCUCAGGAUAGAGGUUGAGACCAGAGAAGGGUCCCAAUGGUCACAAAAUAAUAAAACAGAUGAAAUCGAGCAGGGCCACAAGAAAGGAGUGCGCCCUAAAGCCCUCCCAUCUGCUUCUGCUCUUCACUCAUCGUCUGCUACAAAAGAGGAACGUUUGUUCUGCAAGCAGGCUCAUAAGACUCAGACCUGUGCAUCUCCCAUGCUCUGGGAUAGAAAGUCAGCCUUAUUAUCAAAGGACUUUCGCUGCUUCCGUUGCACGCUAAAGGGUCACAGAGCCAAGGAUUGCAAAGUUCGAAUUUUCUGUUCCAGAUGUCAAGGAAAGCAUGCACUUGCCGUGUGCAGGAAAGAGAGUGUACCCAAGCACGCUGGAGAGAGUACAAAUCUUGCAGCACAGUCGACACCUUGUGAGAGGUCCAGGCCUACCGCUUCACUAGAAAAUGCUGUUGAAGUCCUCCCGAAGACGUUCAGAGCUUGGGCUGUCACCCCGCGAAGAUGUAUGUACGUCAGGGAAGUAAUCGACGGUGGGAGCGAUCGCACCUUCGUGUCCGAGGCUUUGGCGAGCAUUUUGCGUUUGCCGAUAGUCGAUGAAAUAUCCCUUAGUAUUACGACCUUCGGCUCUAACAAGGCUACGUCGCCGCAAAGAAGGAAGAUCGCAAGUUUGAGACUUCGAUCUCAGUAUGACAUGCAAGAGCGGGAGAUUCAGGCAGUCGUCAUUCCGGUGAUCUGCCAUGAUAUCCGAUCGGCGUCUUUUGAUCUGCAGUUCGUCAACGAGCUCAAAGAAAGAGGCAAGGACCUUGCAGAUGAGCUCUGCUUUCCAGGAGACAUGUCGUGCGAAGAUGUUAGUAUUUUGAUCGGCUCUGAUCACAUGUGGGCCAUUCUUACCGGUGAAAUCUUGAGGAAGAGUGAAUCUGAGCGGCUUGUGGCCUUGCACUCUAUAUUAGGCUGGACCAUCCAAGGGCCUACGCCACUCUCCUCACAGAUCGAGUUUCAAGGGCACGCCCAGAGUCACAUGGCAACAGUUGCCUGUGUUCUUCGUGCUCAUUCUUCGGUGGAAGUACUUGGCUCUACCGACGACAGCAGCACAUGGGAACCAACUCUUCGUGCGUUCUGGGACAUAGAAACCAUGGGUCUGACGACCGGCAAGGCAACUUCAGACCACCCAGUGUUUGAACACUUUUCGCAAACCAUAAAAAAAGAUGGACAAAGGUACGACGUAACCCUACCGUGGAAACGUGAUCCGGUUGGUUUCCUUGAAGACAACUAUAAAGUUGCUCUGACUCGCCUUAAGAAGCUUGUUGCGCGCUUGAAGCGGACGGAAGGAUUGCUUCUUCGGUACGACGGCGUUAUAAGGGAAUACUUCAACCUCGGCCACGCAGAGGUCGUCGAUACUGAUGCCAAAAGCAAGGGCCCGGUCUACUACAUGCCACACUCCGCAGUCAUCCGAGAAGACCGCGCUACGACAAAAGUUAGGGUCGUCUUUGAUGCCUCAUCUCACGCCCCCCAGUGUCCGUCGUUGAAUGAGUGCUUGGACAAAGGCGUGAACUUGAACCCUGAUAUACUACAGCUGUUAAUCCGAUUCAGGAGUUUCAAGACUGCGCUUACGGCUGACAUUGAAAAGGCCUUUCUUCAGGUUCAAGUUCGUGAAAAGGAUAGGGAUGUAUUCCGUUACAUUUGGUUUGAACAACAACCGGACUGUGGGACAUACGUGGGUGACUCAGAAGGGCUCCAAACACUACGCAUGACAAGAGUACCCUUUGGAGCGACGUCCAGUCCGUUCCUUCUGUCAGCAACCAUUCAACAUCAUCUCAAUGGCAUCGACGGGAAUCUAAAGGCAACAGCCGAAAAGCUACGGAAGUCCUUUUAUGUCGAUGAUUUGGUCACUGGAGUCGAUUCGGAAGAAGAAGCAAGGAAACUGUACGAAGACACAAUGCUUAUAAUGAAAGCCGCUGGAAUGAACCUUCGUAAAUGGACGAGCAACAGCGUGAACUUACAAGUCAUGUUUGAUGGUGGGCUAUCCUGCGAGGCAACAUCAUCGGUAUCAGAGAUCUUGAGUCCACAAAAGAUUCUGGGAGUGUCGUGGGAUAAGGCACGGGACUUGUUGCAAGUGUCCUUGAAGUCUUUGUUUACCUUCCUCCUGGAGACAGGCGACACAAAAAGGUUCGUCUUACAAGCCUCUUCUAGGGUCUUUGACCCCUUGGGCUUCAUGAGCCCGUUUACAAUACGCGUGAAGAGACUAUUUCAGCAACUCUGGAUCGAUGGAGUGGAGUGGGAUGCCAAACUUCCAGACCAAGCUCAGUUGGAAUGGAAGGCGUGGUGCACAGAAUUGCCCACUCUGCGUCUCGUCAGCGUGUGCCGACACGUUGGGAUAUACUCUUCGAACGGAGCCAGACACGUUACUCUUUAUGCUUUUUCAGACGCCAGCAUGCAUGCGUACGGAGCAGUCGUGUACGCUUGCGCGCAAGAGUCACAUUCAGAUGUUAAUCUACUGGUGUCCAAGUCCAGGGUUGCCCCUCUGAAAGAACUCACACUUCCCAGGCUGGAGUUGAUGUGA